UUUCAACUGCUCCCAGACAAAACUUAAACAAUAAAAAAAUGAGCCAGCUACCGGUCCUGAAAUCAAGCACAGCUGUAAUCAAGUUGAGCGACCACUCGCCUUAUGUACAAAUUGGAGUCGGUGCCGGCGGUGGCCUUGUGACAGGAUUGGUUUUAUUCAGGGUAAGCAAACUGCUGGCUAUUUGCGUGGGUGGAUCCAUCCUGUGCGUCCAGCUGGCUAUGGAGGUGGGCGUUGUCAGCAUCAAGUGGGACAGAGUGGACACACGACAGGUAGUGGAUGCAACUACUCGAGCCAUACAGCGUGAUCCAUUCCGGACACCGCAUAUUAACGGCACAGAAAUUGUAGAGAGCGUUAAGAAUUUGACAACACGCCUAUCAGUGGCCUUUUUGGCAGGAUUCUUGCUGGGCUUUGGAUGUGCUUGAAGCUGUGAAUUAAUUUCAGAUUUGGAAAUGCAUGCAUCAACAAAGUACUCUGUAAAUUGUAAUAGAAAUGCACUCAACAAGUAAAAAAAAAAACAGCCAUACACAUAGGUUUAUGCUCUGUAUGCAUUACACUGCUCAUAUUAAAAGUUGAGAAGCUCAAAGUGC